GUUUCUCCUUUCUCCAGGAAGAAAAAAUGGUGUCUGUUGCAGUGGAUCCACAACCGAGCGUGGUGACUAGGGUGGCCAACCUACCCUUACUGAGCUCCACAUAUGACCUGGUGUCCUCGGCUUACGUCAGCACAAAGGAUCAGUAUCCUUACCUGAAGUCGGUGUGUGAGAUGGCAGAGAAGGGCGUGAAGACCAUCACAUCGGUGGCUGUGAUGAGCGCCCAGCCCAUCAUCCAGAAGCUAGAGCCGCAAAUUGCUGUUGCCAAUACCUAUGCCUGUAUGGGGCUAGACAGGAUUGAGGAGAAACUGCCUAUUCUGAACCAGCCAACAGACCAGGUUGUUGCCAGUGCCAGAGGUGCGGUGAAUGGCGCGAAAGAUGCUGUGACGACGACCGUGACCGGGGCCAAGGAUUCUGUGGCCAACACGAUCACGGGGAUGAUGGACAAGACCAAGGGAGCCGUGACUGGCAGUGUGGAGAAGACCAAGUCUGUGGUCAAUGGCAGCAUUAAUACAGUCAUGGGGAGCCGGAUGAUGCAGCUCGUGAGCAGUGGCAUGGAAAACGCGCUCACCACGUCAGAGCUGCUGGUAGACCAGUACCUCCCUCUCACUGAGGAAGAGCUAGAAAAAGAAGCAAAAAAAGUAGAAGGAUUUGAUACCGUUCAGAAGCCAAGUUAUUAUAUUAGGCUGGGGUCCCUGUCUACUAAGCUCCGCUCACGGGCCUACCAGCAGGCUCUCAGCACGGUGAAAGAAGCUAAGCAAAAAAGCCAAGACACCGUUUCUCAGCUCCAUUCCACUGUUAACCUGAUUGAGUUUGCCAGGGAGAAUGUGCAUAGUGCCAACCAGAGAAUUCAGGAUGCUCAGGAUAAGUUCUAUCUCUCCUGGGUGGAAUGGAAGAAAAACAUCGGCUACGAUGACACUGAUGAAUCCCACUGUGCUGAGCACAUUGAGUCACGUACUCUUGCUAUUGCCCGCAACCUGACUCAGCAGCUGAAGACCACAUGUUCCACCCUCCUGUCAAACGUCCAAGGGUUACCACAGAACAUCCAAGAUCAGGCCAGUCACUUGGGGGUGAUGGCUGGAGACAUCUACUCAGUGUUCCGCAAUGCUGCCUCCUUUAAAGAAGUGUCCGACGGCUUCCUCACUUCUAGCAAGGGGCAGCUGCAGAAAAUGAAGGAGUCUUUAGAUGAUGUGAUGGAUUAUCUUGUAAACAACACACCCCUCAACUGGCUGGUAGGUCCCUUUUAUCCUCAGGUGAUUGAGUCUCAGAAUACUCAGGUCCAAGUUGCAGAGAAGACUACAACCAGCCAGGAGGCCCAGCAACCUGAGCACAAAGCACAUUAAUCCUGUCCCUGUCACCAGUGGGUGGUGUAGCCAGCCAGAUGACGCCUUCUGCUAUGUUAAAAUGAACCUGCUAGACAGCUCCGAAUUGGGGAAACAGCUAGCUAGAAAAAAGGGCCCCUUCAUGAUAGUCGUUUCCAACUGGUUAAUGUCUUUGAAGUUCCUGGCAUUAGCAGGUGGGUCAUUUUGUUAACCUGGCUGGUAAGAAAAGAAUGAUAGACUGGUCAGAGCCUCGUCAGAGGUCACAAAAGGUCACAUUGCAUUUAUGGUCUCCCCCUGUCGCCACUGUUGGCUGGCUGUCUGUACUGAAUAAAAACACCGUCAGGUGGGCUGUCGUGUGAACUGGUGUCCGCUCCGAUUUGGUCUGAGCAGGCCUCAUAAUUGUUUUGUCUCGCAAUGCAUGCUUGUAUAACCUUAGUCUUUUUAUUUUUCAUAAAGGAAUGUCUCCUGUGAGUUCAAUAAAAUUCACUGCAGAAUAGAUCA